GUCGCUUUUUUUCUGCCACCACAACCUCUCUGUAUUGUCUGAAGCCAUUCCAGCAGCGACACAGUUCAUCAUCUCCUUGUGUUUCCGGCCGAAGCGGCUUCUCUCUCAUUUAUUCACACACGCACAAGAAAAGCGCGAGCUUAAAAAAGUACAGGCACGAUAGGGGAACCCAUUGCUCUCCCCACGACUUCCCGCGCCAGUCAGGCUGAGUCACCACUGGAGAGUGGGAAGGUCUGGAGAGAGAGAACGAGAGAGAGAGGGGAGGGAGAGAAGAAACAACCACGAGAGGAAGAGAAGACUCGACACACCACUUGUAUGUGAGUGCGUGAGAGAGAGCGAGAGCGACUGAGCGAGCUGCCGGGAGAGCUCGAGUAAGGGAGGACGAGAAACACCGCCGGCGUCGAGGCUGGGAGGCACCAUGAGCGAUGUCACCAUCGUCAAAGAAGGCUGGGUGCAAAAAAGGGGAGAAUAUAUCAAGAACUGGAGACCACGCUACUUCCUGCUGAAAACGGACGGCUCGUUCAUAGGUUACAAAGAGAAACCACAGGACGCAGACCUACCCUAUCCCCUUAAUAACUUCUCUGUUGCAAAAUGCCAACUGAUGAAGACAGAACGACCAAAGCCCAACACAUUCAUCAUCAGAUGUCUACAAUGGACCACCGUCAUAGAGAGGACCUUCCAUGUGGACUCGCCAGAGGAAAGGGAUGAGUGGACGGAGGCGAUCCAGAUCGUAGCAGACAAACUCCAAAGACAGGAGGAAGAGAGGAUGCAAUGCAGUCCCACGUCUCAGAUGGACAACAUCGGAGAGCUGGAGGAGAUGGACACCUCUACCAGCCACCAUAAACGGAAGACAAUGAAUGACUUUGACUACUUAAAACUACUGGGAAAAGGCACAUUUGGUAAAGUGAUUCUAGUGAGAGAGAAGGCUAACGGGAAAUAUUAUGCAAUGAAGAUUUUGAAGAAAGAAGUCAUUAUUGCAAAGGAUGAAGUGGCACACACACUCACAGAGAGCAGAGUAUUAAAAAAUACCAGGCACCCUUUCCUAACUUCUUUGAAGUAUUCCUUCCAGACUAAAGACCGCCUGUGCUUUGUAAUGGAAUAUGUGAAUGGAGGAGAGCUGUUUUUCCAUUUGUCGAGAGAGAGGGUGUUCUCUGAGGACCGCACGCGCUUCUACGGUGCCGAAAUAGUCUCCGCUCUGGACUACCUGCACUCCGCCAAGAUUGUGUACCGGGAUCUCAAGCUGGAGAACCUAAUGCUCGACAAAGACGGACACGUCAAAAUCACAGACUUCGGGCUCUGCAAGGAAGGAAUCACAGAUGCUGCUACAAUGAAGACUUUCUGUGGAACGCCGGAGUACCUAGCUCCAGAGGUGCUGGAGGACAAUGACUACGGCCGGGCGGUGGACUGGUGGGGCCUGGGCGUGGUCAUGUAUGAGAUGAUGUGCGGUCGGCUGCCCUUCUACAACCAGGACCACGAGAAGCUGUUUGAGCUCAUCCUCAUGGAGGACAUCAAAUUCCCCCGCACGCUGUCGUCAGAUGCCAAGUCACUGCUGUCAGGACUACUCAUAAAGGACCCCAACAAAAGACUUGGAGGAGGUCCAGAUGAUGCUAAAGAAAUCAUGGGACAUAGUUUCUUUACUGGAAUCGAGUGGCAAGAUGUUUAUGAUAAGAAGCUGAUACCGCCCUUCAAACCUCAGGUGUCGUCAGAGACAGAUACCAGGUAUUUUGACGAAGAAUUCACGGCACAGACAAUUACAAUAACUCCCCCUGAAAAAUUUGAUGAAGACGGGAUGGAUUGCAUGGACAACGAGCGGAGACCACACUUCCCCCAGUUCUCCUACUCGGCCAGUGGGAGAGAAUGACCGCUGUAUCCAGACUGUACUGCACCACCAUCAGUACCAAUGGAAGGUUACAGUAUAAAACCAACCUAGCCUGAGCUAACCCCUCCUCUCUCCAUUUGGGUCAUUCCAUAGUGAGCAUGGAGAUCCAUCACUGUAUGUUUUAUGUGUCUGUUUUUUCAUGGGGAUUUUGCAUGUGUGGUUAGACAGAAGUUCAGCCCUGUUGGUAGUUCCCAACAGUUAAAGGUGCAUUUCUUAUGGAAUGCUCCUUUUAAAGCCUUGAAACUGACUCAAGAGGGCAAACGGGUUUGCUGUGUUAUGUGGCGUGUCAUUAGAUCCCUUGGUCAUUGACUUCUGCGAUCCAGUUCUAUCUACUGUAGGAGACUGACAUUCCUGGUAGGGAGAGCUGCUGUCUUUAGCAUUCUCAUUUCACAUAGGACAGUAUACUAUAACUCGAGAUUCACAGGAGAUUCUCCAUUUGUUUGCUGUGUCAUAAUCUGCAACGGUCCUCAUUCUUCUCUUGAUGAUGUUUGGUUAGCUAACAUCUGUGUUGUGUGUAUAGAAUUAGAGUUAUAGGAUUAGAGAUUUUUGCUUUCAGAAGUCAAAAACUGCCAGAAAACGGUUCACUCAGGCUACACAGAGAUCAAUCUGUCUUCACCUCAGUAUACAGGUCACCGGUACUGCUAUCUUUACUCUGCAGGUGAAGCUACAAGCGCUAACUAUACAAACCACCACCACUUCUCAUGGACACUAUGACUGUAGUCUCACAUAUUAUACUGUUACGUCAUUUUGUCCCUUAUUUAAGGUGUGCAACAGUAAAACUCUAGUCUCGUCUGCUAUUUGUUGAUAAGCUGUGAUUUUUACUUUCUCCUCUCGCCUGUGAAAUCAGUCAUUCGAAUAGUGUGAACGCUUUGGGAUGUUGCUCUGCCAAUGUUAUGUAUGAAUGGGAGUAAAUGUUUGUGUACUGUGUAGAGAUUUUAAGGAGCCUAAAGGCACAGCAUUGUUGGCUGUAACCUCCUGUGAAUCCGAGCUGUGCGUUAGCUGUCAGGAACAGCAAGGUUCACCUCAACCUGUCUAACAGUGAGGAUGAGAGGAAGAGCAUUCUAGGUAUGUGUGUCAGGGUUAUCUGGAUGAAGGUAGAUGCUUCCCACAAUUGAAAUUAUGAAAAGCUUUAUUUCAGACAUAUCAUCAUAGAAAAUAAAAGCAUUCAAAAACUAAAAUGUAUAAAUGUAAAUGAGAAAUGCAAGAUGGUGGCUGUUUACUGUCUAAUGGGGUUUGGGGGUGGGGCUAAACCUGUAAGAAGGGUGAAGGAAUUUGAAUUAUCUGACCGGGGUGGGGGACAUAGUGUAUAACUAUGAUUCAAUGGGGACAAGAGGGAGGUAUUGGCAUUGUUUGAUUUGGACCACAGCAAUGGCUUCCUGUUUUAUUUAUUUGUUCUUUUGUAUAACGGUUCUUGUUAUAGGAUUAAUGUCCAGUCUUUUGUUCUGGAUGAAAAAGGCACCUCGAAUAAUGGCUUAAGAAUGUAGAAGCAAAGCCUUCAUGUUUUUGUUUUUGCUAAAAAAAUAAUAUUUUUUUGGUUUGUUUGUUUCUUUGUUCUCUUACCAAAAUAUGAUGACAAUGAAAAAGACAGAGCAGACAGCAUAUUAAAGAGUUUUAUCAGUACCAGGGUAUUAUUAUUAUUAAAUAUUUUCCAUAAGACUUUUACAUUUCACUGGCAUCUAACCUGGAAUGUCGAAGUGAUAUUAAAACCUUUAAGUUCUCUUCUCCACAUACAGUAUAUAAGGGCUGCAUAAGCUUCAACUCCCUUUCCAAAUGGUAUGACUCUACUGUUGUCUUCUAAGCAUCUGAUCAUUCCUGUAAUACAUGUAAAUACAUGAGAAUGACACAGAACAAGCUUCCUCAGUCUAAUUCACUACAUUUUAGUUGCUUAAUAACACACUGCAUGUUUAGGCCUUUUUCUUUAGCGCUGCUUUUUAGAACAAGAAAAAUAUGACAUUAGAAUGAAUAACUUAAGCAUUUACAAAGGGAAUAUAUUCAUUGGCUCUACGGUUUUAAAGUCUUGUAAGAAUAGGCGUAGAUGGAGAAGUAAUGAGUAUUAUAGACUCAGUGACCAAUGUUCCCAGGGUAUACACACUGUAUAAUUCACUUUAUCUUGUGGCUGACUACUUUGGGAUCUUGUAAUAGCCUUCAAUGCUACAUAGAAUGUAGUUAACAUUAUGGUGUUGUAUUACCGUUUUACCAUAGCUAAUAGUCAAUGACCAAUCAUUUUUUGGGGUCAUCAUUUUAUUGAAGUGUACCACAGUCAGCAUAGGAAUCUUCAAGUGAUAGUCAAGUCAACCACCUACUCUAUGCUGACUGGCAUCAUUUGAUUUAUUCUAAAAGUGUCCAACAUUCAGUAACUUUAGCUCUGUGGAUGAAAAGCCAUAGUAUUCAAUGGUACGUAACACACCAUUCUGUAUAUCUAUAUAUGUUUUUGCUAGUUUCCUUCAAUUCUACACAUUCUGCCAUGUCUUAUGUGUGUUCAUGUCAUAUGAGUGACUCAAACAUUACAACAUAAUCAAUGGGCUAAAAAAACAUUAGUUGAUCUGGACAUUUCUGACAAGUUAUAAAUAAGUCUCUAAGGUCUAACAAUGACAAGAGGAAAACUACUGAUGUACGACUCAAUUUUUAAUUGCACCUUGUGCAUUCUACUAAGUUCCUAGGGGAACCACUAAGGCACACAUCCUAUCCACUAGUCAUAAGUUAUCCUUGCUUAGCAUCAAUGUGACCUACGAUUAUCCAUUGAAAGGACAAUCAGAGUUUACACAUUCCUGAUUUACAGGUUACAUUCAAGUUCCAUUUCAGAUGUUUGUGAUACAAUUUAGGUUCAGUAUAUUCCACCAGUGGUUUGCAAAGCAAGGAGGACGUAGCCUAUCAUGCUAAUGUCAGAGCAGAAGACAAACCAUUUUUGUAGCAAGAGAUAUCCUGUCUGUGAAGGUAUGAAAAGAGUUAGUGAAUGUAGUGAUGUGGACCAAAAAGACCAAAGCAGAUGUAGUGACAUUUCUCAGAUUAUUACACAUUCCCAAAGGAUGAAUGAUUGGUCUUAUAUUCAUUGUAGUUGAUGGGGUCCAAUAAGAGGGAAAAGAGGAAGUUGAGCAAGAGAGAAGUAGAUUUUGUAUGAGUACAAUAUACUUGUACAUUACUAGUUCAGAAAGUGACUGUGGUAUGGCUUUGAUAAGAGGACGAGUAGUCGUUUGGUAGAACUAAUUUUGAGGUGGCUCGAUAUAGUGAGUUUAUUGAAAAGGUAUGAUGGCCAAAACUUCAAAAAGUGUGCCAUGAUUGGUCCAUAUUUAAGCCACUAGAGAAAGUAUAUAUUUUUUGCAUGGAACAAGUGUGGUUUUUAGAUUAUAUUGCAAAAUGAGCAAUGGUGAAUCUUGUUCAGUUGUGAUACAAGUAGGAAGUUAACUCUUCUCAUAAGAGAAGACUGAAAUAUGAGAAAGACAUUUGUCUUAGCAGUUAAUUGUUCAUGAUUGAAUGUCAGCCUGUUGUUUUAUUAAUAUGGCCAAUGUAUCGUAGAAGAAUGUGGAGAGAAACUGAACAACUGUGCUGUGAUCACUAACCCCCCCUAGGAUUUCGUUGUGUGAUUGUCUGUUAUGGUUGAGUUUUCCUCUUUGUCUUCCAAGAUGCAUUCCUUUUUUGUUUUUGCUGGUAUGUGUUUUGACUAAAAAAGAAACAUUUCACCAUGUAUGAUUAAUAGAGGCUUUUAUUGCUUAAUGUGAUUUUGAAUCAUUUUUAUUUAAACAUUUUUUUUUUUAAUCAAUGGACAACUUGAAUUUGUUUUGUUUAUUUUAUUUUUGAAUUGAAUAUGGUUGAGUAUAAUGUUUUGGGGUAUUUAGCAGUCAUGUUAUGGUCUUUAGUACUGCAGCUGAUUAUGGAUGUCGGGGAAGGAAGGGAGAGUUACUGUCUUUCGCCUUUUCGGCAUUACUAUUCUUUUUUUCUGUGAAAUUCUGUUUUCUCCACCAUUUGUCAAAGUCACACAAAGAAAUACAAUCUUGCAUUAUUAUGUCAAAUGCUUGAUUAUGUCCCUGGGGGAGAAGAUCUGCGUUAAAGCUUGAUUUGAAAUGUAAAGGGAAUGUUCCCGCAUUGUGGAAACGACAUUCAUGUUAAAUGCUGCAGAUGUUGGCCCAAUCGGAAAUUGUCUUUACAUUUUAACGCAGAUCUUCAACGAUACAGAUUGAAUCCAACCCUUAGCCCCCCUUAACGGAAACUCCAAACUGAGAAAUCGUGAUCAGUGGUGAAAAUAUUGUUAGUCGUCGCAUCCCGCGGUAUGUUGACAGACGCUACGAUACCAUCCUAUGUUAUGUGCAUCUAAUAACGAGAGAUUAGUGGUACUGCUUCAGACACAGAAGACGUCACAUUUCGCUUGUCUGAACUGUGACUAUUGCUGGCUUCACGUGCUUGUGGGAAAUAGGAAACUGGGAUGUCCAACAUGACUGUGUUCAAGAGAAGAGCUUUUGAAGUUGGAACAAUUCUUCAACCAAUAAGCUUGCCUACAUUGCUAAUAAUAAAGUUCGCUAGCUUGCUUUAUUUUGACAAUAUGGUCAGACUUGCUACAUUAUUCACAUUGAUAAGGUUAUUGUAAAAAAACGUAUGUUGUCAUCUUUUGGUUGAAAAGGUCAGUGGUAAGACAUGGCAACUCGGAACAACCUUUUCUCUGAGUUUCCCACUUGUAAUUCCGACUUGGAGGGUCAUUCAAGUGAAUUUUCCCACUGGGAAUUAGGAGCUUCUGAUUGCACGUGAACGCGGCAAUACUUCAAUUUCAUCCAUAUGAAUAUGCACUUAUAAAAACAGUCUUAUUCCUUUUUUACAAGGACAUAUUUGAGAACAGGGAAUUUCAAGGGGGAAGCUAAUGUCCUUAUUGACGUUGCAGUGCACUCUACCAAGGGCAAUUGGCAGUACGGGCCAAAACGAAAAUACGCUUGUUUUUAUUACAUAAAAACUGCUUUCAUGUAAAUUGCUCCUUUCAUGAUUUCCGAGAACUGAAAAUUGACCUUACAUUUUUUUUUUUUUUUUUUUUACUUUUAAAGAAAAAUAAGAGGAUUACUUGAAAGCACAGUCCCCUCAUGCAGUCCAUGCUUAAAUGAGUUUAUUGUUAAAAUAUUGUCAUAAUGAAGUGUGAUAAUAACAAGGCCAGGAGAGGCUGCUGGGAGACAACUUCAGCAGCGUGACACUGACGAGGUCUUACCUUUCUACUGGACAUGUCUUACCUGUUAUUCUAAGAGAGCUCAGUUCCACGGGAAGGUUGGACCUUGGCAGUUGCACUCAGUCUCAACGAUUCAAUUUAGAACUCGCAGAUUAAAAAGAAAUAUAAUAAUAAUGUAGCUAUAUGUGAGGAGGAUACAUAGAACAUCCACCUAGGAAUCCCAGAUGUUUGUUUCUGCGGGUCAUUAACAUAGUGAUGUUCAGUUCCACUGGGUGAAGCAUUCUAGUGCCGUUGGCCAUCUCCAGGGUCAAAGGUCUGGGGUGAGCUGUGUGAUCACCUCGAAUCCGACCAACGACAAUGUGGGUUCUAUCCUUACUAACUGCAGGGUCUAUAUAUAAAUCUAUUUUACACCUCAGUGUACACACUUUGCUGCUACUGUUUGUAAUGUCUACAACAGAUUUUCUUGUCAUCGUGCUCCUGGUAGUGUUAUGAACGAGCAUGAAUUGUAAAGUAUUUAUUGAAUAACAAAUCGCUGUCAGAUGAAAACCUCAUCUCCAAAACUAAAAACUGCCAUAUUUUCCCAUUAACGAACAUACAAUUAUGAACUUUCAGAAGCUAUUUUAAAUACAUUUUAUUGGUCCUAGAGUCAAUGUUCAGAGUACAUUGAGUGGACUUACUGCUUUCAAUACAUGUAAAAAAAAGAAAAAUAAAAUUUAAAAGGCAAAAAGUGGAGUUAAGAGGUUUUCAUUCAACAGCGACGUAAUAAUAACUUGUAAUUAAUUUGAUGUCCAUGUAGCUUUGACAUUGACAUUUUCUUGUCAUUAGAUCCACAUUAAGAGAUAGUCGUGUGGUUAAGGAUUUGACGCAGAAGGGAUGAAGCAUCAGUAAAGAGAACAGUUGUAGUACUCCCUGUCAUUAAAGAAUACAAAACCUUUUCUUUCCCCUUGUGAAUAGGACCCAUAAGGAUGUGAAAAUUAUCUGAUCUGCAAGAAAGUGUUUUUGUACACUGUACGUCCUUAGUAUUUUUACACGUAAAUGUAUAUGAUAGGGAUACACAUUAUUUUCCUUCUUACAGACCGCUUAAAUAAAGCACCUUGUCAAUCUGC